UCGCCCUCCGCGCUGCCGAUUCAGAAGACCGCGCUCGUGUUGCAGAAGCCCGCGGCCACAGGCUUGCUGCCAAGCUUGAGGCCGAAUCAAGAGGCCGCAUGCGUGCUGCUUCCCAGCGCGACGCCGCCGAGGCCUCAGCCGCUGAUCUCGAGCUCCGAGCCUCGCAACUCGCCACCGAGCUGGCAGCUGUGCGCUCGGAUCGGGACUCUGCCGAGGCUCGCGUCCACAAACUGGAGUCUCAGCUCGGUGCUGUCCAUGAGAGGCUGCGCGUGUCGACCACCAGCCUGGCCCAGCUGCGCGAGAGCAAUGCCGUUGUGGUCCAAGAGCGCGACGAUCUCGCUCGGAGCCUUGCGCUCGAGGAGGAGACCGUCGCUGAUACCCGUCGUCAGCUUGAUGACACCAAGCGCCGCAUAGAGCAUGAAAUGGCGCUAGCGGAGACAGCCGCUGCCGCUGAGGAAGCUGCCCGUCGCGAGGCGGACGCCCAUGCCGCGGAUUGUGAUGCUGCCAACGCUCGCGCUGCAGAUGUUUUGGCUACCGCGAAGGCGUCUGUGGCAACUGCAGGAGCAAGAGCGGCAGCGAUGGAGACAAAGUGCGCCGCUUUGGCUACUCAGCUUGAAGCUGUCGUUGCCGAGCGCGACGCCUUGGUUGCGUCUGCUACCAUACCGCAUCCUGUUGCCGCAGUUGUCCAGGAUUCGGAAGCUACCCUUUCACAGGGCCCCGCCAGCGAAGAUCUUGAGCUUGCUCUCUCCCUCGCACGCGCUGAUGCUUCUGCUCUCCGUGACCAGCUGGCUGCUGUGCGCGCUGAACUUGAUUCCACACGCGACCGCUGCGACUCACUCUCGGCACAUCUUAAUGCUGCCGAGCGUGCUCGUGAAGAUGCCGUCGCUGCUGCCGCGGAAGCCGAUGCUCGAGCCGCCGAGCUCCUGGCUACUUCUACCGCUGCCCUCGAGCGUGCGGCUUCUGCAGAAGCCUUGGCCACAUCUUUGUCAACUUCCCGCGACAAUGCCAGCGCUGCAGUCUGCGACCUCCAGCGCGCUCUGGCAGAGGCAGAGUCUCGCGCUCGGGCUGCUUCCGUUGACGCCACCACAGCCGCCAUUUCCCGGUUAUCGCCUCCUCCUUCGCCCCAGCCGGAACCGCCUCAACCCUCGUCUGAUGACGAUGUCGAUGCUGCAGUUGCCGCUGCUGUUGAUGCCGCGACAGUCGAGCUUACUGCUUCUCACAAUCGCGAGAUCGCCGAACUGAGUGAGCAGCUGGCGUCUCUCAGACAUGCGCACGAAUCUGCGGCAGCCGACCUUGCCGAGUCCCGAGCUCUAUUUGCAGCCAUCUCUGCCGAGGCUGACCUUCUGCGCAAGGCCAAUGCCGAUGCCGCGACAACUCGUGCUGGCCUCGAGCGCGAGCUGGCUGAUCUGCGCGCGGCGCUUGAGCGUUCCAACCAUGAGCGCAAGCGCGCACUCGCGGCAGGACAAUCAUCCGCGCCGGCAAAGUCGUUCGAGGUUCUUGCCCUCGAUGGCGGUGACAGUGACGAGUAACAUACAUACUGGCUCCUCA